AAUUUGCCGAUUUAUAUCUCAUCAAUCUUACCUCAAUCUAAAAAAAAACAAUUACGUUUAUUGCAAAGGUCGUUAUUAUUUAUACAGUACACGUUAUUAAACUUCUCUUAUAAUAUCCCUUUUUUGCCCUAGCAUGUUUGGAGAGAAGUAUCUUGUGUUUAGUAUAAAACAUUCAACAAUAACCUUUAGCAAGAUAAUUUAAACGCUUACUUCAUGAUCAUGUUAGGGGAGGCGAAUGUGUUCUCCCAGAUUGAUUGGUCAGGGUGGUGGCGCUCUUUGACGUUACCGUUUUGUUAUUGGUCAAGCUCACACGUUGACGUGAAUGUGGGCAGCCGGUUCAACCAAUCAGGGAGUUCAGCACUCUCUGCCGAUGAUGGCUUCAUAUGUUAUCAUUACAGCUGGAGUGUUCAACAGGUGAGCAUCGCUGUUUCAGUACAACUACUGUUCAAGAGAAACGUUUCUUAUGUCGUGUGCAGCGAGCUGGUCCGUAGGAGUAAGUGUGGUUAUUGAAAACAAAUAAUUAAGACGGAACGGCGAUAUAGUCCAGCAGAUUUAACCGUCAAUACCCCGUAACGUAAGUUCUGAAAAAGUAGAUAUUGUGCAGUGAACUGGUUCACCUGCUGUUCAAAGGAGCCGGAAGAAUCAAACAUGGCAACUCGUAUCAGACCUAGUAACAAGCGGUGUGCUGUCAUCGGGGGAUCGGGGUUUCUCGGCCGGCACCUUGUGGAGCGCUUGGUGGACAGAGGAUACGCAGUAGCUGUGUUUGAUAUCAGGCAGAGUUAUGAACUUCCAGGAGUGACCUUUUACCAGGGAGACCUGUGCGACAAACACGCUUUGCUGAUGGCUUUGAAAGAUGUGUCUAUAGUAUUUCAUUGUGCUUCACCUGCACCAGCCAGUGAUGACCGCGCUCUAUUUCAGCGGGUCAAUAUUGAUGGCACACGUACUGUUAUACAGGCCUGUCAUGAGGCAGGUGUACAGAAAUUGGUCCUGACCAGCAGUGCAAGCGUGGUGUUUGAAGGAACUGACAUCAAGAAUGCAAAAGAGGAUUUGCCUUACGCGAAAAGGCCAAUUGAUUAUUACACAGAGACCAAAAUACAACAGGAGAAGAUGGUGUUGGAGGCCUGCAGUAAGGAGAGGGAUUUCCUCACUGUUGCUAUUCGACCUCAUGGCAUCUUUGGCCCCCGCGACCCACAGUUAGUGCCCAUUCUGGUAGAUGCUGCCCGCAGAGGAAAGAUGAAGUUCAUCAUCGGAGAUGGAUCUAACCUUGUGGACUUUACUUAUGUGGAGAAUGUAGUUCAUGGGCAUAUUUUAGCAGCUGAACGCCUGAAGAUCGAUUCUCCAUUGUGCGCUCAGGCUUACCACAUAACCAAUGAUGAGCCAGUGCGUUUCUGGGACUUUAUGUCACAGAUUCUGGUGGGUCUGGGUUACAGCGCACCCCGGUACCACCUGCCCUACAUGCUGGUCUAUGGAAUAGCUCUGUUGCUGUGGCUGAUAGCCUUCAUAAUGCGGCCCCUGGUCCAGAUCAAACCCACCUUCACUCCCAUGAGAGUCGCUCUGGCCGGCACUCACCAUUACUACAGCUGUGCCCGUGCCAAACAGGACAUGGGUUAUCAGCCUGUUGUCCCUUUAAAAGAAGCAAUAGCACAUACAGUAGAGAGUUAUCCACAUCUACGGAAGGGAGCGUAAACCCCAGGAAAUAAUUCUCGCUUCCUCACUUGAUUCCUCAGCAGAAACAUGAGCCUGAACUCUGGAUUACCAGUGUUUACUGUACUGUAAAGUAGGUUAUAUUUACAGUGCACUUCAUCAGUCCUUCACGAUCUCAAACAGAUUUAUGUUGGGGGAAGUUGUGUGACCGCUAUUAAGUUUUUCAGGUGGGCUGUAUAAACGUCAAACAAAUCAAGUAUUUUGUCUCGCAUUCUUUUUCUGGUUAAACCGUUUAAAGUCAACAUGAACUUUGCAAGCCAGAAUAUCCAAUUGCAAAUCAAAUAAAACCAAAAAUAACCAAAACAUGUGUUUGCUGUAAUCUUUAAAGUAAUAAAGCUAAGUUUUAAUGUU